UUACAUUAGGAAUGAACCAUUAUGGUGUUAACAGUUUCAUGUCCUGGCCGGUUAUUUAUUGCAAACAUCAAUGCGACACAGGUUUAUUUCCCCUUAUAUAGACGUCAUGUGAUGCGGCAGCUGCUACCGAGAGGAAGACUCGGGCAAAGGAAAUCACCUUGUCAUUCCAUAAAGGUGGUUGAAAGUCUUGACUUCGUCACCUGUCCUUUAAACAGAUUGUUUUAGUGAAAAGCUGUCAGAGAAGUUGUUCUUCUCAUGGUCAGCCAUGGAUGAAGAUGACAGCCAAGAUGAGCUGAUCAACCGCAGUGCGUCCCACAGCAAAGGAAAAAGGUCUGCGUUGUGGGCCAUCUCAGAUGACUCUGACGAUGUUGAGGGGGGUACUGAGGAGGGAGAAUCUGACAGUGGUGAGGAAGAAGAGGAGGAUUACCUAGAUGGAGAGGAGGAUGAGGAGGAGGAGGAAGAGGAGGAUGAUGAGGAAGAGGAGGCAGCUAAGGCUGAGGAUAGAGCUUUUGGGGGAACCUCUGCUGACCUUGCAGGGAUGAGCUCAGAUGAAGACGCCGAUAAGUGUCCCAUCUGCCUUAACUCAUUCAACAGCCAGCCUGUUGCAACACCAGAGAGUUGUGAGCACUACUUCUGCCUCGACUGCAUCCUUGAAUGGGCCAAGAAUGCAAACUCGUGUCCUGUAGACCGUAUUUCCUUCAACAACAUAUACCUAAGGAAGUGUUAUGGAGGCAAAGUGAAGAAAAUGAUCAUAGUACAAAAGCCUGUGAAGGAAGGUGUAGAGGAAACAGUGGAUGUGGACCUGGAGCAGACAAACUGUGAGGUGUGUGGGGGCAGUGACCGUGAGGACCGCCUCUUGCUCUGUGAUGGCUGUGAUGCUGGGUAUCACAUGGAGUGUCUCACGCCACCUCUUGACUCUGUUCCUGUAGAGGAAUGGUUCUGCCCUGAGUGUGAAGCCAACAACCGUCACUCAAGGGGUUCAGCUGAGGAACUUAGUGAGACAGAGAGCCUACCUUCUACCGCCCGUCCUGCCACCAGUCGCUCUCAGUCCCGUGCUGCAGGUCCCACCAGAGCUAUUGCCCGAACUCAGCAGAGUGAGAGGGUUCGAGCUAAUGUCAACCGACAUCGCAUCACACAGGCACGGACCUCACAGUUGGCUCCGACGUAUAUGAUGCAGUCCACAUGGCUGGAUGAGACUAUUAAUGCUGUGGUGGCUGGGCUCAACACGGCUGUGUAUAUACGUGACUUUGCACCUCAUGUCCCAUCCAGUCGCAGGCGCAAGACUAGGAAGCGCAGAAAGGUCAAGAGCAGGAAUACAUCUUCUGCUAAGGGUAUAAAAGGUCAAGUGGGAAGUACAGGAGUCAAGAGGAGGAAACGGAAAGUGAGGAAGACUAAAUCCAGAAAAAAGCUGAUGUUGAAAAAGGCAGCCACUCCUCGAAGCCGUAUCGCUAAUAAUCUCAGAAUUGUAAAGGACAAGAAGAGCUCUUCGCUUCCAACAGUGUACCGACCAUCAGAGCACACGUUAAGCAGCAUGCGUGCUGACAUAGGCGCUGCAUCUCUCUCUAUCUACGGAGAUCCAUUUGACCUGGAUCCAUUUGUGGAACGUGAGGAAGAGGAGCAGCAAGCCCAUGUUACAUCGCUGUUGGAGGCCAAGAGACGAGGGAUCUCUCGCUCUGCCCUUCGCUCUCACCAGCCUGUAGCUCGACCAGUCACUGCAAGCCUUUCCAGGAGGGGUAUGAAUGUCCCCCAGUCAGGGGUUGUUGUGGAGGCGGCUCCUGUGCCUGACCUGCUAGGCAGCAUCCUAUCAGGACAGAGCAUGCUCUUGAUGGACAGCUCUGAUGUCGUUAUUAAUCGGGAUGGUUCCCUUAAAGCUGCAAAGACAACGAUGCCAUCUGCAUUAAAGCCAGAUUGCAGUAGCUCAGGAGAUACCCAAAUCAACCCAGUGAUGUCACCCAUCCAAGGUGACAGUUCGCCAUCUCUUCACUACACCGGAGACCUACCAGGAUCCUCCCAUAGCUCCCUGAACAGACCUUUCUCUCAGAGCUCUUCUCACUUACUGCCCUACAUGCCCUCCUCAGCCAACCUCAUCCAAUCAUCACCCCAUACUGAAUUUCCACCUCAAGGUCACCUGAGUUUUCAACCACCUCGUCAAGUCAGACCCACCCACCCUUCUUGUCAGCGGGUAACCAAUGGUGUAAGAGCUACCAGCCCCUUCUCAUCCAUCCACCCCACCCUAAAUUCAAGCUCCAAGAGCAAGGGCACGACCCCAUCACAAUCUAAAAAAGCAGCUACAAAGCCCAUGUGGGUAGACGUGUCAGUGCUUCCUCGGAUACCAAAAAUAAAAAGGGAGAACUCUAGUCAAGGUGGCAGCAGUGACAGUAAUAGAAGUAGCAGUAGGGAAAAUAGUAGUAAUUCUACCACCAGUAGUAAUGGUUACGACAUGCCAGAAGCAGGCAUGAACAGCCUUGCUGGAGACAAAGGAAGACAACAAAGUGUAGACCAGCAAAAGGGCAGGGCUGACGGUCAGGCCCAGAGGCACCGGCCUGAUGGAGCAGGCUCAUCAUCGGCCUUCUCCAACUCAUUCUCCUCUUCUGGCUCUCCUGCUAGUCAGCCACGUUAUUCCUCAACUUCAUCAGCAGUGAGCUUCCGUAUUAACUCCAGUGGGAAUUCCUGGCAUUCAAGGCGGCUCAGCACUGCCUCACCCUCUACUAGUGGAGACAGCAUGCAGGAACCCUGGAGAGGAAAGAAAGAUGAAGCAAGGAAGAGACAGCUGCACAGGGAUAAACAGAUGCUCCUGGCAUCCCAUACGCCGGUUAAAAAGGAAAAAGACAGUCAUAAUAUCUAUGAUCCCUUUAAUCCCACGCUAUCAGAGACAAGCAGCUCAGACGAAGAUACUGAGAGCGCACGCCUGGAUGGUAGCUCCCGACACAUCGCGCACGAGAGGAAGGAUUGUAGUUCAGGAAACAAGGAGGUUUUAAUGCAACACGAGCAGGAUCUGGUUCAUGUGAAAACUGAAACACAGGAGAUUGAGGUGUCACAGGAAGAACCAGUGGGGGCUAGAGCUCAGGAAACCAGAUCACAGGCGGGCAGAUGCUCAAAGGAAUAUGUGAAGGUUGAAAAAGAAUCAAGAUUAGUAGACACUGAGACUGAGAAACAAACAGCAUUAACUAAAGUAAAGAAAGAGCCAGGGUUAGAUGAUGCAGCUGAAAGGUUUUUGAAUUCAAGCUGUACAGAGACAGCAGACACCACAUCACCUGUUCAUCACAGCAUUAAGAUUGAGAGAGAGACUCUAGAAGAGGAGAGUGGACAGCGUGUUGGAACUCCCAGUAGACCUCCCCCCAACUGUAAGGAUAAUAAUUCGUCAGCAUCCAGCUCUGCUCCCACCAAGAGCAAGCAAAAGGCAGAAACUACAUUGGAUUCCAAAUCCUGUUCCAAGUCCCCAUCACGAGAUUUGGGCAAUAAGAAGAAAACUUUCCAAGCUUCAAAGGAGCAACGCUCUAGCAAUUCAGAGGCAGAGACAGACAGAGGCAGGAGAGGAGACCAUCAUGCAUCAGGCCAGGGAAGCCGGCAGAAUGAAAAGGAGAAGGACAGAGAAAGGAGUUCAAGGCGGUCAAGGUCCAGAGAGAGGAGGAGGGAACGCACAUCCUCAGAAAGCUCUCAGUCCAAUUCCCCUGAUAGGGCUCACAGAAAGAGACAGCGACCCCGGUCACGAUCCAAAGACAGGAAGCAAUCUAGGUCUGGCUCCAACUCUAGCAGCAGAGAGCGUUCAAGAAGGAAGAAGCAUAAACAGAGGAGCAAGGAGAAAAAUGACGGCAGAGAGAGAGACUGUGAGAGACAACGAAUGUCAAAGGAUAAGAGACAUGGUCGGUCUCGCUCAAAAUCUUGGUCAAAAUCACGUUCUAGGUCCAGAUCUAGAUCGAAGGACCAUAAACGUGGUCCGUCUUGCUCAAAAUCGCGGUCCAGAUCAAGGGAAAGGAGGAAAGACAAUGCACGAGCACAACAGUCGUCUCUCUCCUCCAGAGACAAGGUGGAGUCACGGUCUACAGACAAGAGGAGACGCAGGUCUAGAUCCAGCUCAAGAGAGAGAAGGAAAGAAGAAAGAUCAUCAUCCAAGAGUUCACAUAAAACUUCAGGUUCCUCUGUUUCAUCCUCUAAAGACACAAGACAGUCACAGGUCAAGAAAAAGGACAUGGGUGUAACUCGAAGCUCCCUCAAAGAGGAUAAAGUUACAACAGUGAAUAAACAGGAGACCCCCUCCUGCACUGCUGCCUCAAAAGUUAAAAAGGAAGGGAAAGACCUCAAGGCGGACAGCCAGGCCUCAACAGCUGAAAUUGUCAGAGAGACAAAGGUUGGAAAAGAAAUUAAAAAAGAAAAACAACCAUCUCUUGAUAGGUUUGAAGAUUAUCCUAUUACUAAACCAAUUAAGAAAGAAGAGACUGACAUCCAUGCUUUGAUGGUAGUCAAAGGCAUAGAUGAGGUAAUAAACAAAGAAGAACCCAUCCAGACCAAGAUUUGUGAAAUCAAGACCGAGAUUUGUGAAAUCAAGACCGAGAUUUGUGAAAUCAAGACAGAGACUUGUGAAAUCAAGACCGAGACUUGUGAAGUCACUCCAAUUAAAUCUGAGCCAAGUUCCCCAGAAUUAUGCCACUUACCCCCUGUCUCCUCCUUUUCUACACUGACCUCACCUGUUACAGCAGACAGCAUCCAGGAUACAGUCUCUCAGUCUCAGCCAGUGGUACUGGCCCCCACCAAUCAACCAAACACUGUUGAGUGGACGGACCCUGUAAAGCAGGAAGUUCAGCAACCCUCAGACUCUGAUGAUGACUUCAAUGUUGACGUGAUGCUAGACAACCUGGACUAUGUGAAGUCCAAGCCCACAGAGGGAAGUGGCGCAUCUGUCAAACAAGAAAAGGAAGUAGAGGAGCGGAAGACUGUAGGGGAGCAAUUGCAGACUGUAGUGGGAGCGAAAUCCAAAACUCAAGUGAAGAGGGUCACGUGGAAUAUACAGGAGCCUGAGGGGCCUCAACCAGAGAAAUCGGCAAGCAAGCUGGCUCUGUAUAAAUUGAAGCUGAAGCAGGAAGGAGCUCGCAGACCCUCUUCGACAGUCUUGACCUCCAGUCAGGACAUCACUGGAACCGUCAGUGACUCCUGCAAGAAGGUUGCUGUUGGUCCUCAUAGUACUUCCUCUAGAUCUGAAACUGUACAUCCUGAGAGGUUGUCAACCACUGGACAAGGAGAAGCAGAGGAAGGGGAUGUAAGGAAAGACCAGCAGUACUUGAAGAAGCUGCACAUGCAGGAGAGAGCUAUAGAGGAGGUGAAGCUAGCUAUCAAGCCUUUCUACCAGCGGAGGGACAUCAACAAGGAUGAAUACAAAGAGAUUCUACGCAAAGCCGUUCAGAAGGUGUGCCACAGCAAGAGCGGGGAGAUCAACCCUGUCAAGGUGGGCAAUCUGGUGAAGGCGUACGUGGACAAAUACAAACAUGCUAGGAAACACAAGAAAGGGGAGGAUUCAGGGAAGUCAGAGGAGGUUCAGACUGAGGCCAUGAAAAACUCUGACAGUCCGUGAGGAGGUGUGAACUACAGACAAGGACAGCUGCACCCUCGCAACACUCAUUCGUACGUUAUACAAUGUUUUACUUGGUGUCCUACCACUGGCUGUGAUCUCAAACUCUCCGGCUUACCCAUUCUAAGCGGUUAACUAAGAUUUCCUCAGCCUCAAGACGGAACAUUUUCUAUAAUCUUUCUAUCUAAAAAUAACCUUGAGGACAAACUUUUUUGGUCGAUCACUUGAACAGCACCUGUUGGUGUCUUGUACUUGGACUGUCACUGCCAAGAACUGGUGUUUUUGUGUAGUACAGCUCAGAUACUUAAUAGGAGCCCUAGAGGUUGUGCCUUAAAGAGGCAAAUCUCAAAGACCCUUCCACAGAGUGAUAAAUCAGGUAGCUUUCUCCACAGGCAUAUCACUGGGAGGAUACAGCGUGCUUUGAGUUUUCUAUGGCUUUUUGUUUUGUUUUGUGGGAGGGGUAUUUCAGUGGCAAAACUCCUUUUGUUUGUUAAGAAGUGGUGUAAAAGUAUGAAGAGUAUGCAUAUUUAAGAAGUUUGUCGUAUUAAGGAAAGACACUGUUAUGCAAUUUUUGUAGAACAUUUAUCAGCAGAGUAAUUAAACAGUUUUAGAUUCGGUUGUAAAUAAUAUAGAUUUGGUAUCUCCACUUACAUGUUUCUUUCAUCUGUGUUGCCUGUUGCGAAUAACUGACAUCAACGAUUCUAGUUUAUAGAGUUGAUUGGUUUAUGUUUGUAUUUGAAAGCCUCUGUUAUCUGUCUCCCACACCUCUAACAUCCAUGUUUAAUGAACUAAAUCUAGUCAAGUGUACUACAGGUGAAUUCUGGCUCAGUAGUUGAAAAUGAGUAAUGGAACCACUCUUCUCAAAGAACAGCAUGUUCCCUUUAAGCAUACUUGUUUUCUUAUGUUCUCUGCAUUAUUCUUUUUUCAACCCUGAAAUGUAGAAAAAUCAGCUUUUAGAGAACUAGCGGGUAUUUUGUUUUUUGUGCCAAACAAGUAAAAGUAAUAAUAAAUAAAAAAUAAAAAUAAACUUUUUCUCUGAAUAAGUGAGAUUUUAUUUGUUUUCGGGCAUUCUGUGUUUAAACAACGGAGACCACAAUAUACAGUAGGUAAUAUAGAUUUUAUUUUGGAGUGAAAGAGAUUAUUAUGCAGACUCUGGCUGAGCUGCAGCCCCCAUUAACUUGAAAAAAAUGUACAUUUCGUCACUGUCCAUAUAAAGUUUGUUUUGUAUUUAAUGUUUAUUAAUAACUAUUGAGCUAAUUUUAUCUGCAUAAUUUCAUGGUUUUGUGAGAUACAUUUGUUGCCCAUAUAUUAGAAAAAUAAUGGAAUAUCUCACAGUCACAGCAUUUUCCAAGGAAGGUAGGAUGGAAGGAAACACAUGCCUUUAGUUUGGGACAUUGAAAGUAUACUCUCUGUAUUAACCUUGAGAUGUCUGCAGUAUUAAAAUACGGCCUCAUUAAGGCUGCUUUGUCAUUGUCACUCAAGCCUAAACCUUACUCUUGGUGAUAUCCAUUACUAAUCUGCAUUGCUCCUUAAUUUUUAUGAAAAACUGAUAAGCUUGUUCACCAUUUUUUGUUUGCUUACUGUUAAGACUAACCAGGUGGGUGGUUGGACUUGCCUUGUACUUUGUUGUCACAUUUAAUUUGGCUUUAUACAGCCUAGGACAAGGAGGGGAAGCAUCUAAAAAGAAAAACAGGUGCUCAUGUUUAUCUGAAUGUAUUUUACUUUUUCUUCUGCAUUGCCUUGAUCAAACCGGCCAGGUGUUUCUAAGAGAAAACAUGGAUGACAAUAAAUCACUGAUGAUAAAUAGGG